AUGGCUAAACGCACAAGAGAAGACUUUGAGCCUUCAUCUCCAGAAUCAGGAACUACAGAAGAAUUAGGCGCUCCAGUCCGCUUAGUUGUACACCCGACUCUCCUCGAUACACCAGCACCAGCAGCAAAACUCCUUCAUCUAGGCGGUGAAGCUGUCCAGCCCACGAACAAAAUGAAGUGCUCCCUCCCACCACAUCGUGGCACCAUUACCUUUGCUUCCUAUGAGGAGUACGAUGUUCAUUAUGCGAAGACCCAUGUCAAUCGGUGUCUGGAGUGUAGGAAGAAUUUUCCAACCGAGCAUUUUCUGAACCUACAUAUUGAGGAGAACCAUGAUUCGUUGAUCAGUGUGAGAAGGGAGAGAGGAGAGAGGACUUAUUCAUGCUUUGUUGAGGAUUGCGAUAGGAAAUGCUCCACUCCCCAGAAGAGACGCAUGCAUCUCAUCGAUAAACACAUGUUCCCCAAGGACUAUGAUUUCUUUGUGGUCAACGAUGGUAUUGACAGGCGAAGCUCAAUGCUACGAACUGGAAAGCACCGAAGAAGAAGUUCGGCUGCUCACCAUAUGACAGAGAUCGAGGACCGGACAAGGAGACGCAACUCUACUCGGGACUCGACCAAUGCAACAAAGGAAGUCGAAGAGACCAAGGACGACGUGGAUACUGAAGAGAGUCCCGAGACGAGUACUAUCAUGACUCCACCAAGCUCCAAAGGAGAUGCAGAUAUGGACGUACUUUCUGGCGCAAUGUCCUCACUGACAUUUGUCCCUCCGAGCGUCAGGUUUGGUCGAGGAAAUAAAGGGAAGGCCUUCAGCAGGAGCUGA